AUGUACCCCAAGCCAGGCCUAGUCCACUGGCUACCUGCUGGUAUCAGAGUCAGACAAAAGCUUGAAGCAUUGAUAAGAGAUGAAAUCGAUAAAAAUGGCGCUGAAGAAUUGUCCAUGUCAGCUUUGUCACAUGCUGCUUUAUGGGAACAAACAGGAAGAUGGGGUGGCCAUGAGCUCUUCAAGUUGAAGGAUUCAGCUGGUGCUCAUUACUGUUUAGUGCCUACUUGUGAAGAAGAGAUUACGCAUUUGGUGAAGACGGGAUUGAGGUCGUAUAAGGAUUUGCCGGUGACGUAUUACCAGAUUAAUACCAAGUUUAGAGACGAGAAACGGCCUCGUGCUGGGCUUCUUAGAGGAAGAGAGUUUGUCAUGAAGGAUGCGUAUUCGUUUGACUUGACCGAGGAAGAUGCGUUGAAAUCGUAUGAUGGGAUGAUUAAUGCGUACGCUACGAUUUUCAAUAGACUUAGGGUUCCGUUUGUCAAGGCUGAAGCUGAUUCUGGCGAUAUUGGAGGGUCUCUUUCUCACGAAUGGCACUAUGUCCACCCUUCAGGUGAAGAUACGUUGUUUACGUGCUCUGAAUGUGGCAAUACGUCGAACAUUGAACGUACGCUCUCGUAUCCUCUUGAAGAACAGCAGCACGAUGAUGUUAGGGUGAGGUAUUUCACUACGGUGGAUGAAAAAACGCUUGUUUGCGCUUAUUAUCCUGGCUCUCGUGUACUUCAACCGCUGUUCCUUACAGAAGAAAUUCCAGAUAUUGAUUUGUCUGGCCGUCUUAGCGAAGAGCAGAUCUUGGACCUUUUUAAAGACGAAGAUACGUUGAUCAGUAAGAAGAUCGUCCGUAUUAUGGACUCCAGACUCAACUCGCGUCUGAACUUCCCUGACUUUCCAAUCAACUUCAUUAACCGUUCUUUGAUUACCACACUUACAGACAUUCCAAUUGUGAUGGCUGAUGAAGGAGAAUUGUGCCAUAAAUGCGAGGAGGGUACCUUGACAUCACAGAAAGCCAUUGAGGUGGGCCACACCUUCUACUUAGGUAACAAAUACUCCAACGCUUUGGGAUGCACAGUUGACGUUCCAGAUAAUGGUACCAUGAAAAAACAGGACGUUCUUAUGGGGUGCUACGGUAUUGGUAUUUCUAGAAUCAUCGCAGCUGUCGCUGAAAUCAACCGUGACGACCGUGGCUUACGCUGGCCAGCAGCCAUUGCUCCCUGGGAAGUGACAGUUUUCAACUUAAAAGGAGAAAACAACGAGUCUCUCUCUAAAACAUUCAAAGGGUGUGACUGGCGUCUUGACUCUCGCGCCAAGAUAGGUUUAGGCGGCAAGAUCAAAGACUCCCUGAUGAUGGGUAUACCACUUGUCGCCGUUGUGGGCAAGAAGUGGCCACUUAUAGAGAUUGAAGAACGUGGAAUCAGACUGGCUCUGAGUGCCACAAGCGAGCUAUUCGCCCGCAAGUCGUUUGAGUGGGAAAUCACCGGAAACCUCGACUCAAACACUACAAUCAAGCAUACCGUGCACAGCGACCAGGCCGCCACGGUGAUGAGAGCGAUUCUCAACGACAUGUAA